GCUGAACCAUGCUCCGUGGUUUUGCGGAAUCUUGUGGAGCUGAUUCUUUUCCUGGUUCCCGGGUCCAUCCCUGACAUUGGGGGAAAGAGAUGUGUUCGGUUUAAUUGUUGGCUCCCGGUCCCUGAAGAGCAAAUCCAGUACGACCCAUGUUCAAAUCCAUGUAUCUAGUUCUGGUCCCAACUGGUCAUCUAGCAAAGGACACCCUCUUCCAGCCUUUGACCUCGAAAAAACGCUUCAUAAAGGGAGGCAAAAAGGUCUGGAUUGUUGCGUCUUGUGGAAGAUGGAGGUGGAUCCCAGAAGUUUACAGAGCGGCCUUGCACUGUUCUUCCCAGAGCAAGUUGAUCAAUCACUUUGAAGCACAGCCGAGAAACAUCCAGUCAUAUCGAGUCGUAAGGCAUGAUUGCAGUGCCAUGAUUGCGGUUUCUCCCCGACGGCUCAAAGCAUUUGCUGUGCCAGCCCAAAUCACCAGUGAUCAACUCGACUUAGUCGUCAGUUCCUUUGAGCACCAUGGGCAGCCCAGACGCCAACGAGACCAACGAGGGCAACGAGAACGAGAUGGAGGCCGUCGGAGAGGUGCCCGCUGAGCCAUCAGCACCGGCGGAGCCCAGCGCAGGUGACCGAGUGCGCCUUCCGGUGCAGCUGAGCCGCUUGCCGGCCGAUCGCCUGGCGAAAGUUCACCAGGCCUUGCUGGAACUUCAAGAGGCAGGCCUCAGCGAAGUGCCAGACCUCUCCAGCCUCUCCAAGGUCGUGAAGAAGAAGGCUGGCGGUAGCAACGCCCAGCUUCCCGAGGAGGACUUCACGUCCUCAUACAUGGCCAUGACCUUGUGGUCCUGGACUCCCAAACGUUGGUUUGACAACAUCAGCGACACCUCCGGGAAGGCUGCUGGCGGUGCCAGUGAGGAUGCUGGCAAUGGGGCGGAAGAUGCUGUACCAGUUUUGGACGAGGGCAAGCUCCAGGCGAGCUUUGACAAGAGGAUUACCCAGUUUGAACGCUGGAACGAUCAGAAGCGCGAGCAGGGACGCUUCAGCGAGGUGGUGGAUGUUGACAAGUUCAGAGAGUGGUUCGAACAGAUGAAGAAGAACGAUGCCGAGCUGCGCAGCUUCUUGACGAUGGACACCUCGGUGAAGCAGGCGGGCGACGGCUGCAGCGUGCUCUUCGACAAGCUGCCUUCUGCGGGAGGGCCGAAAGUCUUGCCCAAGGUGAAGGUCGGUGGCAGCACCAGCAGCGGUGCUCCCAUGGAUGGCCCCACGAAGGCGAAUCCCAUGCCAUCUGUGGUGUCCAUCAAUUUGGGCGCCGAGAGCUGUGCGGCCGCGAAGACGAUUUGGCAGCGCUACUUGAGCGAGCACCAGCUGGACGCUUCCGCACGACCCAAGGAUGGCCAAUUCUACGGCUGCAGCAACACGCUCUUUGCCUCCAGCACUACCGGAAGGUACAUCCCCAGGUCCAUCCUGGCCAGCUACGACUCAGCAACCAUGGACGCUCUCGGCGAGGCUGGGCUCUUCAAUCCAGCGACUAUUCUCACUGGCAACAAACCGGGCCCGUCCCAUCAGAGUGGCGAAUCGGAUGGUGCUUUCAUGGACGAGAUCAUGGACUGCGUACGACGUCAGCUGGAAGAGGCAGACUAUGUGGAAGGCUUCAUGUUCUUGCACAAUGCCGCCGAGGACGCAUGCACCAACGGCGUGACUUCAAGUUUGUUGCAAAAGCUUUGCGUGGAGUACGGGAAAAAGAGCAAGUUCACCUUCACGGGCAUGGCCGAUCAAGGAGGUGACGCGUCCCAACAUGCCAUGUCUGGGCUGAUGAUGUCCACGCUCUCCGAGUAUUCCGACCUCACCACUUUCUACGACAGGAGCUCCUUGAAGAAGGUGGCGGCGUCCAAGGUCAACGGCCUGGGCAUCUCUUCCCCAGAUGAUUUGACCUUAAACGGCCUGCUGGCGCGGCUCCUGAGCGGCGUCACCGGACCCAUGAGGUUUGGCAAGGCCAUGAACUGCAACCAAGGCUUCCGCGCCGCCUCGAUCCUGACGCUUCAGACGAACUUGUGCUGUUACCCGCGCAUCAAGUACCUGGUUCCUUCCAUUGGUGGCCUCGUAGCCAAGGGCAUGGAGGACUUUGCCGUGGGCAAGGCGAACCAAGAAGUGGGCGCCGAUGCCUGUGGCCAUGCGCUGAAACGGGGCCUCCUUUGCGGCAUCAAUCCCAGCGAGGGCAAGAUCAUUGCCUACAGCAUGAUGUGCCGUGGUGUGGAGCUUGGAAGUGCCAUCUCCAAGGUGGCUGAUCUCAAGACGGACCGGAACUAUCAGUUUGUGGACUGGAGCCCCACCGGCUUCUCGAUCUUUUGCUACAAGGACCCCAAGGUCACAGCACCUGAGGUGGCAGUGCUGGAGAACACCUGUGCCGUGAAGCAGCUGCUCUCGACCGUCUUCAACUCCUUGGCUGAGAACGGCGUCCCAGACGAAGAGUCAGGCCGAAUUUCUGAGGUCACGGAGGACAUGGCAGCGCUCUGCAAAGACUAUGAAGAGGUGGCUGCGGAAACUUGUGACGGAGAGGAUGAUUAUGAAGGAGAAGAAGAGGAGUACUGAUCACAUGACGUGAAUGGGCGGUUUUUUCCAGCGUUUUAAAGAUCUCCCUCGCCGUCACCGAGCAGAAACACCUCA